AACAACGAGAUCGGAUCGAAACGUUCCGAUAUUCGGUUCCGAUGUUUGUCUGCUCGACUAUUUCGAUUUUCGAGUGAUUUCGUGCUCUGGAAACAUGGCGGGAAGAAUUUGCUGUAAAUUUGUGCAAAAAUAACGAGCACUUAAAUGAAACACAAAAUAGAUACGAUACAUAAAUUCUAUGGAGAACUACAUAAGUGAUUCAUAAGUGCAUUAUAUGUGCUGAGAACACCACGCGAAAGGUAUACCGUUGUGUGUUGUAUCUGUAUCAUAGGUCACAUGUCAUCGUUUGUGUUAUAUUUAUGUGUAUUUAUAUGGAAAAUAGCAUUUCGUUGCAUAAGAAGAAAGAUAUUCUUUGUUUGCCAAAUUCUGACAUUCUCAUACUGUUAUUGCAGUAUUAUUUUGCCUUUGUGUAUUUUGUUUUCCCAUUAUUUUGGAUAAAAUGAUGUGGUCACGCUUGAAUAAUUUGUCCUCAUGAACAUAUGACUUUACUGGUUUAAUAGAGUAUGGAUUCAGAUUACAAGCCCCGAGGGGAAUAUUUAUUAGCAGAAUUUGGCCACUGCCAGCUGUUGAACUGUUGAUUAGUAUUUAGUUUAUACCCAGGAUUAUUGACAAUGAAGUGGAAAAAAACCUAUUUUUCAUCCAGUUUUACAACAGUUUUACAGAGAUACAGUACUGCCUAUAUUUUUUCAUUUAUACGUGUAACUUUGACUUUAAAUAACAAAAAGGAAAACUACAAAAUCUUCUAGAUAUCUAAGCCUCUCUUGAGUUGUUAUGCCCAGGAAAGAAAAAUCUCUUAUUCUCCUCAUUUGCAAAUUUAUUCUGCAUAAACACAGUGAAGUGCUUUAGGGGCUGUUCACAAAGUAUAUUACACUCUUUUGGCCAUUUUUUCACAUUCCCCCUACCUGUGACUCUGUGUGAUAAUCACUAAUAUACUAAUGUCAAUGAUUAUGUGAUGCUGAGCUAUUGUACAGUCUGUACUGUAUAUAUCCCUUGCCUAUCCACUGUUCUAAUAGUACACUUACUACACUAAAAUAGUACACAUCCAUUCACACACAAUAUAAGAUGCCUCAUAAUAGUCGUAAUGCCUAACAAGAGUUGAAAAACAUUGCAACCAGCAUUAUUCAUGGUAUGACCUCUAGAGUUGAUUUGAACAAUAAACAAACAAUUAUUCUGCAACUUUGUCACCAACUAAUUCUCACCUCUUGUCACUUUACAUCACCAGUGUCAGCCCCCCACUAACUAUGAUACCCUCUCAAAAAAAUCCUCCUCCACCCCUCAGAGAGUGCAAGUGAUGAUGCAGGAUGAUGGAAGUAAAGGUGAUGUUCCAGUUAAGAUAACAAUCAAGGAUGGGAAGAAACCUGCAGAGGUGUUUAGAACUGAUUUGAUUACUGCAAUGAAGAUUCCUGAUCAUCAGCUUGUCACACCUGGUACUUAUUUUAAUCUCAAUGACCCUUGGAAGCAAGAAUGGGAAAAGGGUGUUCAGGUUCCUGUUAAUAAGGAGUCCUUACCAAAGCCAUCAUUUAGUGUUGCCAAGUCAAACAAGAUUUCACCAGCAGAGUUUAGAAUGCCUCAUAAAUUGUUGAAAUAUGGAUCGAAGAAAGAAAACCAGAGACUUCAAUCAUAUGAUUUGGAUGAUGAGGAUAUGGAGUGGCUAAAAACUUUAAAUAAUUCAAGGAAGAAUAAAGGGCUUGAACUUCUUGAUGAAUUGACAAUGGAAAAUGCUAUUGGAUGUUUGGAGGACCAGUGUUAUACCAAUAUGGGGGAGACCAUUUCCACAGCGAAAGGACUGAGCAUAGAGUAUGAUGAGGACAUAGCUUGUGAUAUUUGUAGAUCGCCAGAUUGCGAAGAAGGCAACGAGAUCUUGUUGGAUGUAUGUGAUGUAGCUGUUCAUCAGGCUUGCUAUGGAGUGCAGAAAGUACCUAUUGGUAGUUGGGUUUGUAAGCCAUGCACACAACUAUUAGCCGAUAGUUCAUGUUUGCUUUGCUCAACACGUGGAGGCGCUAUGAAGAAGACAAAAACGAAGGAAGGGGAGGGAUGGGUGCAUAUGAGCUGUGCACUGUGGAUUCCGGAGGUUAAAAUCGGGAAUGUCGAGAAAAUGGAACCUAUCACAAGAAUUGAAACUAUUAUUCCUGGGAGGUGGAACUUGUUAUGCCACAUAUGCAGAGAGAGACAAGGGGCGUGCAUACAAUGCUCGGUAAAGUCGUGCGUUACCGCUUUUCAUGUCACGUGUGGUUUUGAUAAUGGUUUACAUAUGCAGACUGUGUGGGAUGACUCUGCACCUGAUGGGGUCAAGCACGUGUGUUAUUGUACAAAACAUACUGAAAAGCGAAGUUGUAGAUCGCCAUGCAAGUCACCCUCUUCCAUUCAGACACCACCCAAAUCACCCAAGAAUUCCUCCCCAUGCACAACGCCAUCAAAGUCCUCAUCAACAUUUAGAGCCCAAGUACAGGAAGAACGAGAUAAUCUUCGCCAAAAUAGGCUGCGUGGAAUGGAAGAGGAGUUCUACAAAUAUGCGGAUAUACAAGAUCUUGCUAAGGAUUUGAACAUUACUAAAGAAUUAGCAACCUCAUUGUAUCGUUAUUGGACUUUAAAAAGAAAGUCGCGAGAAGACGCUGCUUUGCUUUCCCCAACAGCUGAACAGCAAGAACUUUUGAGUGGCCGGCAGAUUAAACCAUUCCAGAAGGCAACGAUGGAGGUUGAACGAGUGGUACGAUUACGACAAGACCUUGAAAGAAUUCGUAACUUGUGUUAUAUGGUUGAAAAACGCGAAAAAAUGAAGAGAGAGCUAACAGCAACGCGUGAAGUAGUGUUUCGCAAAGAACUCGAAGUGGUCGCUGAUGUGUCGGGUAAAAUGAGUUUGGAAGAUAUCCAAUGGGCACGCUCUUGUUGCGUGAAAAAUUUCACCGAAUACGAGGUACUGCAGAAACUGGAUUUGCGGUGUCCAGAAAAGCCAAAGAUUUAUAAAAAACGUGGCAGGAAACCUAAAAGAAGAAUAAUAAAGCGAAAUAAAGACAGAUAUGUUCCAACUGCGAGCCAGGCUAAUGCUGCUCCCACGAGUGAAUAUAGCGGAGAAUGUGACAGAAGCGAACUUGUUAAUCGGAGCAAUGAAUAUGCACACGGUUCCAGUGAUGUUUUAAGUGAUGAUUUAGAUAUUAAUGAUACAACAUCCGCUGAGGAAUUACACAUGAAGAAAACGUCAUCACGCAGCAAUAUAUUACCUGUUAACUCUGUAAAUAACCUUUCUGCACGCCCAGGGUUCUCAAGAAAUGAGUGUUUGUCAUCUGACUCAGAUUUCGAAGAUGGGUUGGCUAGGAAGGAAAGGCGACGACCUUCUACAAGACAACUGCGAAGGCGCAAGUUAUCAAAAUCUAGGAGAGAUGCAGUUGGUCAAACUAGUGAUGCCGAGUCCACUCCUAGUUUAUCACCUGUUCCAUCAAAAAUCAUUUUGAAUGGUUUAAAUCUGAGCGCUCGUGUAAAUUUGCCAGAAAUGAAGAACGAAUUGAGUCGGCUUUGUAGCAUCACCAACAACAGCGCAAAUGGGCAUUUUAAACAAAAAAGAAAAAGAUUGUUUAGUGAACUGUCUGAGGAAUGCAACGAAUUUGAAUCAUCACGGACACCAAGAUCAAAUGUUCCUAGCGAACAUUUGAACGAUAACAUGAAAACCGUCAAUGAAGUUUUUGACACAGAAAGCAACGAGGAAGGAAUUAAUAAACCAAAUUCGUCGUGUAAUCGUAAGAGUCAAUCAGAGGAAGACGGCAAAUUGGAGGUUCGUUUGACAAGAUCGAGAAGCCGUUCAUCGUGCCCCGGUUCUCCAAAGGCUACACCUGAACAAGGCGAGGUCUUAGGUACUUUGCAGUCGGACACCAACAGUGUUGGUCCGGAGGUUUUACGAACAAGGUCGACAUCAACCAUUCCAGCGAUUAAUGGCGUUUUGUGUAUCGCAAAAAACAAAGAAAAGAACGAGAAGAACAUGGAAAGUCACAAUAGUCUUUCAAAGGAUACCAAUGUCUCGGAUGUCUCAUCACGAACUAGAUCGCGUAGUAAUACAAUGGAUUCAUCCCCGGUAAAGAAUGACAUUGAUGUCUCCAACAUAUUGACAUCUCAAAUCAAUGAAUCAAAUUUUAAGCAGGAUAUUGUUGUAAAGGAAGUAAUCCCUAAAAGUUGUAGAACUCUCAGGCGUCAGACAAGGCUAUCGAAUGACUUGGGUACUUCAAAUGGGAAAUUGUAUAGUCCGAGCAAAUGUUCGAGAUUUUUUGGUAAAUUGCGGCAUGCGGCAACAACUAGUGCGUAAGCUUCGUGACUAAUAUUGUAACCUUUUAAAAGUUGCGCUAAACAGUUCAAAAUUUGUUAGUGUUUUUAUAGUCAAUAAAAUUUACUGUU